AUGAGAUCAAAUUUAACUAUUUUAAUGAAGGAAAAUGAAUAAUUGAAAAGAGAAUUGGAAAGAAAGAAUUAGAAGGUUGACAGCAUUCAAGGGAAAUUAAAUUAAAAUCAAAUAGUAGUAAGUCUGUUAUAAAAAAUAAUUGAUAAAUUGAGGAAAAAUAAUAAAGAUGAUGAAAUUAGAGGGUUUAUUAAGAAGGAUGAUAAUGAAUUGUCAUUGAAUAAUAAAAUAAAAUAAAUUCAAAUUUAUUCAUAUUUUUAAUCAUUCAAUUUUGUAAUAGUUACUUUUAAUUCAUUCUCAAUAGAUCAUUACUCAAUUUAAUUUGUAUGA